AUGCCUCCACGACGUGCACGACCUGCGCCUAGACUCGGGGCAGCGGAAGCACCUAUCCCUAACCCCAUGCCAGAGGACUUUCGACAGUUCUGCGAGAGGAUGUGGCAACAGUAUCAGGGUCAGAUGCCACCUCCAGCAGCUGGAGCCAUACCUGCGGCUAGAACAGAGGAUGUUCCCACACCAACUCCACCCGGUCUGCCGGCGUUUCACGCACCAGUAGGCGUGGAUUACCUUGCACUGAUCAAGGAACUUCGGGCCAUGAACACCCCGAGGUUUGAGGGUUCUCAGAUUCCUGAAGUUGUUGAGGACUGGUUGGUGCGGAUCACACAUGACUUUGAUUAUCUACGGUGUCCACUACAGUAUCGAGCAGAGAUAGCGAGUCACCAUCUGUUCGGACAAGCUCGCCACUGGUGGGAUGGAGUUGUGCGAGACACUAUUCCUGGACAUCAGUUCACGUGGGAUGAGUUUCGAGCUGAGUUCGAGGAGAAAUAUUACAAGCGACAUGAUCAGGAACAUCGUCUCGUGGAGUUCAUCAAUCUCCAGCAGGGUGACCGUUCUGUUGGUGACUAUGAGGCGGAAUUUACUAGGCUCCUACGAUAUGGAGCUAAUCUUGUUCCUACCGAAAGAUUGAAGAUUCAGAAGUUUGUUGCUGGUCUUCGCCCCUCUCUGCGAAGGAAGAUCGAGGUACUGGAGUAUCCUACCUUGAACCGAUACAUCUGCCAGCUCGAGAAGAUGGAGCGAGGCGAGCGUGAGGAGCUGCAGGAGGCCCGGAUCCGAGACCGAACCCCAACCAGAAGAUUCUUCAUUAGUCGACCUUCCACCAGUACUGGUCAGACUAGUGACUCCCGAGACAAGGGGAAAUUACCGGCGGUUCGGCCACCACCACCACAGUCAUCCCAGAGGAGGCCUUGUCCCCGAUGCAGGCGAGUCCACUUUGGACCAUGCAGUACUCCUCCGACAUGUUACCAGUGUGGACGAUCGGGACACAUUGCGACAUACUGCCCGGAAAAGGGGACCGCCCCGACGAACGCCAAACCUCUUCGCAUUCAGCCUUUACAGCAGUCUGGCGUUGCACCGAGAGUUUACGUGUUGGCGGCAGAGGCCGAUACUCAGGGCGAGGAGUACUACGUUGAAGAACCAACCGCUGAAGAUACUGUUGCAGAGGAGGACUCCGAGCAGACCGAUGCUGCCGCUAUUACUGGUACUUUGUACAUAUAUGAUAUUUCUUGUCAUGCCUUGUUUGAUACCGGGGCUACACACAGUUUUCUGAGUGUGAAGAAAACUGAUGAGUUAGCUUUUACGGAUGUCGAUACUACUAGUCGAUAUCAGAUACGUACGCCCGGCGGAGAGAUCCUUCCUAUGCGCGGAAUAUUGCAUGACAUGCCAUUACAAUUUUGUGGAAGGGAUCUUCCUGCCGAUUUGAUUAUCGUACCUAUUCAAGGGUACGAUUUGAUAUUGGGAAUGGAUUAA